AUGCUUCACAAGAAUGCACUUAAUACAAUCGACACAACGCUACAAGACCUGCACUCCAACUCUAAACCGUUCGGAGGCGACGUUAUUCUGACUGGGGACUUUCGUCAAGCCCUUCCUAUUAUCCCAAAAGGCACACCAGCUGAUGAAUUAAACGCUUGCCUUAAAAAAUCUCAUCUUUGGCGCUCUAUCUUGUCGAGAAUGUUAACCAUAAAUGUGCGUUCCAUUCUCCACCAACAAGAUGACAAUUCCUUUGCUUCAAAGUUAUUAGAUGUCGUUAAUGGGAGCUUACCGCUCGACGUAAACGGUUUGGCUGAUAUAAGUACCAUCGGUAACUACGUCUCCGGCCCUGAGGAGCUAUGCACAACAGUUUACCCCCAGCUUCUUGAAUGGAUGUGUGAAAGAACCACCUUAACUCCAACAAAUUCCACCGUCCAAGCCUUCAACAUAUGUCUGCUUCGUCAAUUUCCUACCCAAGAGCGAUGCUAUACUUCGGUUGAUUCGGUUACUGAUCCAACACAAAUAACAUUUUUCUCAACAGAGUUUUUAAACCCACAAGAACCAUCGGGAAUGCCACUGCAUAAACUUUGCCUUAAACUUGGUUGUCCUAUUAUGCACUUGAGGAAUUUGGAGCUUCCUCGGCUCUGCAAUGGCACAUGUUUGGCUGUUAAGCAAAUGUUGGAUAACGUUCUCGAAGCCACAAUCAUCACAGGAAAAGGCACUGGCGAGUCUGCUUUUAUUCCCUGA